GUAUGCAUUAACAUAUUACCUCUCUUGACACAGACAACAAACCACAUUAUUGUAAGAAAAACUAGGCUAUUAUGUUCCAUACAAUUACAUGUGUUGCAGCAGAUGAUCAUUCACUAAAAUCAGACAAAACAAACUUUGCAAAGAAUAAAGCAGUAUGUGCACCUACUGAAAAUAUCAUUGUUCAGGGUAUUUUAAUGCCUCCUAUUCUUCGAAAAUGUGGCCAUCCAAAAGGCCAUGAAUUAACUGUGAUUGGUUUACCGGCUAAGAAGAAAGCAAAGUCAGGAAAAGUACAACCAUUCAUUAAGUUACACACAUCAUUGAAAGAAAGAGUCAUGUUAGCAUGGUUUGUUGAUGACAAUAUAGCAGCUGCUGCACUACAAAAUCCCAAGACGCUGAUCGAUGAAUCAGACAUCGAAGUUCAGCAAGAAAACAUCUCUAAUGCAGUCCUUGAUGACAAUGUUGACUUGCACAUAAUUCGAAAGUUUUUCACCAAUGAUGCCUGGCUACUACUUACAGAUGUUGUCAAGCAGAAACGUAAACAUUGCAGUUAUGUUUGCCAAGUUUGCUUUCACAACUUGAAUGAGGAAGCAUCAAUUUUGUGUGACCAUUGCCUCUUGUGGUCCCACAUGAGUUGUGUUGGUCUUAAAGAAAGACCCAAAUCAAAGUGGUGGUUUUGCCAAAGCUGUCACAAAACUAGCAAAUAAGAUAAACUGGCUGUAGAAGCAACCGUUGCUAUGUAAAAUUAGACACGUGUCUGUAUUAUGUGCAAGCUAUGCAGUGUUGUUUGACUAUAUAUUAAGAGCAAGAUCUGGC